GACAUGGAAAAGGAAAAUGCAACGUUGCUGACAGAGUUUCUUCUCACAGGACUUACAUAUGAACCAGAAUGGCAAAUCCCCCUGUUCCUGGUGUUCUUGGUUAUAUAUUUCAUCACCAUCGUGGGGAACCUUGUUCUGAUUGCUCUCAUAUGGAAAGACCCUCAACUUCACAUCCCCAUGUACUUAUUCCUUGGGAGUUUGGCUCUUGUGGAUGCUUCAUUAUCAUCCACAGUGAUCCCUAAGAUGCUGGUCGACUUCUUUGCCACAAGUAAGAUGAUCUCUCUCUCUGAAUGCGUGAUACAAUUUUUUUCCUUUGCAAUCAGUGUAACUACAGAGUGUUUUCUGCUGGCAACAAUGGCAUAUGAUCGCUAUGUGGCCAUAUGCAAACUUUUACUUUAUCCUGUGAUUAUGUCCAAUAGACUAUGCAUUAGGCUAUUAGUUUUGUCAUUUUUAGGUGGCCUUCUUCAUGCCUUAAUUCAUAUAGGUUUUUUAUUCAGAUUAACCUUCUGUAAUUACAACAUAAUACAUCACUUUUACUGUGACAUUAUACCAUUGUUUAAGGUUUCCUGUACUGACACUUCUAUUAAUUUUCUGAUAGUCAUCAUUUUCGCAGGGUUAAUACAGGUGUUCACCAUUCUAACUGUUCUUGUCUCUUAUACACUUGUUCUCUUUACAAUCUUAAAAAGGAAGUCUGUACAAGGCAUCAGGAAAGCCUUCUCCACCUGUGGCGCCCAUCUCCUAUCUGUCUCUUUGUACUAUGGCCCUCUUCUCUUCAUGUAUGUGCGUCCUGGAUCUGCACAGGGAGGUGACCAAGAUAUGAUGGACUCUCUAUUUUACACUGUCAUCAUUCCUUUUUUGAAUCCAAUUAUCUACAGCCUGAGAAAUAAGAAAGUCGUAGAUUCACUGGCAAAAACGUUAAAGGGAAAUGUUUAG